UCUCUGUUGUUUGAUAGUUUCAGCAAAAAUAAAUGGCGUCUAUGAUAACAUCUGGGAGAGUAUUUAUUUGUUUAUAUUUUUGAUGCGUUUUGCCAGAUAAUCAGUUCCUAAUGCCGUAUUAAAGAGAGACAGGUUCAAUAAUGUCUGUGAAUAGGAAUCCGCGUCUUGGAGACAUACUGCAACGCUGUGACGCAAUUCACCCUGUCCUGCUGCAACACAAUAAACUAUGAAUCGCCAGCGUGCGGACGAUAGGAGGCUUCGUCUUUGGGAGGAAAUGUGAAUUAAAUGGCGAGGAGAAGGGGGUGUGGCGCGAUGGGUCUCCCAUUCAACCAAAACACUAACUAACACGCCCAGGGCUUGUGCAUUUGUGGCGUAAAGCCCGCGCAGGGGGGUUGGACAAGCCCGAUCGCAGCGGCUCCGUCCGUCUCCUCGGACUCCUCCGGCUUGGUAUUCAGGCCGGCAGCCCUCGGCAGCCCGCCCGCCGCGAUCCGUGCUUCCGCAAGCUGCAGAGAAACGCUUUCCGCGCAGGGAAUCUCAUCGCGUUACGCAGAUUGAGCGCACUCCUUUCCCUGGACUCGGGGCGAUCUGGCGGCCUGCGGAUGAAGAAAUGGGGAAAUUGAAGGCCUGUUAGCAAUGACCCAUGGCUGUGCUGUGCUCUGCGUGUGAGUGCAGAUUUUGUUCCAAGAGGAGAUUGAAUGCCUCUAAAAUCUCAAGGCUGUGAGCCCUGUGCAGGGUGAUGAUGAACACUCAGGGCUGCAACAGCAAGGGAGGCGGCCAGCAUGCUGCCACCCCUCCACCCCGUCCCGCCCCCGGACCCAGGCUGCAGGUGCAGCGUUCCCUGUCUCGCGACACCAUAACCAUACACUUCUCUGCUCUGGGGAAGGAGGAGGAUGAUGAGGAGGAGGAGCUCUAUGGGGUACAUGAGGUUGGACCUGCUGCAACUACAUCUGUUCCUGAAGAAGCAGGGGGUGUUGCUUUGGGGGCUGAUGAACAGUGUGUCACCACUGGCUUGGAGGCGAAAGAGGAGCUGCUGUUUGAAUCUGCCGACGCGGAGACAUCCGCCAACCUGUUUGUGGAGCCCUCAGACCCUCAGUCACACACACCCUCUCCAGCUAUGACCAUUAGUCCCAGCUUCGCUCAAUCCCACCUGAGCUCCACGGCUCCUGCUAGCUCUUCCUGGCCUUCUGACCAACCAUCAGGCAACCCAUUAUCCACAAGCUCCAGCACCUCUUCACCGGGCAAGUCUGGAGCGCUGUCGUCCUCUAAGCCUUUUCUCAGCCUCGUCAGAUCUUUGUCCAACGAUGUCGAGUCUCGAGAAACCGCUCCUGCUGCACUUCCCCCUGUCACACCACCACACCCGCGCCACAGACACUUAAUGAAAUCCUUUGUUAAGUCCCUAUCCACGGACACUGCUAAGGCCGAGCACCAGGAAGGGCAUGUUUAUCACUAUCAUCAUCAACAGCAGCAAGUCCAAACGUCCCAUCGGCCUCCGCCUCGCAAUAUGCAGCUCUUCAAGCAGUUCUCCCAGCCCCGUUUAUCCUCCAGCCCCGUCAUUAUCACUCAAGCAGGAGGAGACUCCAAAACAGCCCCGUCCUCUCCCAUCAUGUCCCCAGAUGGUAGGUCCUUCUUCAAAGUCCAAGAGGUGGAGGCCAGGAUAGAAGAUACCAAGCGGCGGCUCUCCGAGGUGAUGUCCGAUCCCCUGCAGCUUUUUAGUAAGAUCAUGGGGGAUGAGUCUGGUAUGGGAGCUCAACGUGCCAAAUCGCUGUCCUCCAGUGCAUCAGAACUCAGCGGAGUGACGGCAGUAAAUGGCCACGCAGAAGGUAACAACAACUACAGCAUCAAGGAGGAAGAAUGGGCAGAAGGGGAAGAGGAAGCGGAAACCCCUACAGGAAAGGCUCCUGACUCCGUUUUCUUUUCUUCUAUGGCACCAUCUCCAGCGCUCACUCAACCCUCAUCAUCGUUUCUCCACAAGUCUCCUUCUCUCACUCUGGGACGCUGUUCAAUGUCGGCCCUGGUCGCUCGACAGGAAGACGAGGACUUCUGUGAAUUGUACAGUGAAGACUUUGAGUUAUGUACUGAUACUGAGACCCCAGAUGGGGAUCAUUCUGGGUCUCGGCAGCCCCAUACUGGCAGCACUGGAUUGUGCAGUGAACUUGAUACCGAAGAAGAGAAAGCAGAGGAAGAGGUGGACGCAGUUCCUGUGACGGGCCUCAUCUUCUUUACACAGUUGGUGUAUUGGUACUUUCUCCUUCCAGUGCCACCGAGUGUAUGUGCAGUGGUGCAUGGAGUAGUAGCUGGAUUCCUGUUGGCCUUGUUGGUACUUUGGCUGUCUUCCCCUGGAGGAUCAUUAAGGAACAGAACUGGGAGGCGAAUGACAGACCACUGGAAUGUGGCCCAGUUGGAUAUCAAAGAACCAGGAAUUUUGAAGGGCUGGAUGAAUGAGAUCCACAGCUACGACCCGGAGAUGUACCACGCCACCCUGACUCACUCUGUUUACGUCCGUCUAGAGGGCUCCGUCCUGCGCCUGUCCAAGCCAAACAGGAACAUUUCCCGCCGUGCCACACACAACGAGCCUAAGCCUGACGUCACUUAUAUCAGCCAGAAGAUCUACGACUUGACUGACAGCAAGAUCUAUCUGAUGCCCCAGAGCUUGGCUAGAAAGAGAAUCUGGAACAAGAAGUACCCCAUCUGCAUUGAGCUGGCCAAGCAGGAGGACUUCAUGUCCAAGACUCAGACGGAAAAGCCCGAAGCUGGGGAAGACAAAUUAACAGGGCUGAGCGAGAAAGUGGAGAGAACGGAUCAGGGCGAGAAAGCUGAAGGCUCUGUGCCGGCAGAGGAACCCAAGAGACCAACGUCUGGAGGAGGAGAUCUGACAAUCUACCUGUUUGGGAGGACGGGUCGGGAAAAGGAAGAGUGGUUCCGGAGGUUUCUUCUAGCGUCGCGGAUGAAGUCGGAGGGCAGAGGUGGCAGUCUGCCGGGCAUCUGCAAGAGUGCCUUCUUGCCCUCCCACAGCCGCAGUGGCAGCAUCCAGUCUGGCGGAGGCCCGGACGUGGACAGCAGGAGCAGCAGCCGGGGGAGCCUGGAGGAGUUGUCUCAGUCUCGUCACAGAGACGCCUCGGUCGCUCUCCCCUGCGGCUCUACUGGGGGGACGAAGCAGAAGAUGCUGCUGGACUAUAACGUCUACAUGGCCAAAUAUGUCACCCCCCAGGCACAGUCGAGGAGUCCGACUGCCACUGAGAGCCCUGGGCACAGCCCCGAGAGCAGCCCGAAAACAAUCAAAAAGAUACGCAAGAGUUCAGAGGAGACUCCAGAGUCCGAGGCCUGGAUCAAUGCUUUUCUGGGAAGAAUAUUCUGGGACUUCCUGGGAGAGAAGUAUUGGGCCAACGUAGUCUCCAAAAAGAUCCAAAUGAAGCUCAGUAAGAUCAGGCUGCCAUAUGUUAUGAAUGAGCUGACUUUGACAGAGCUAGACAUGGGCCUCUCCAUUCCUAAGAUCCUCCGUGCCUCCAAACCCUCUGUGGACCACCAAGGUCUGUGGUUUGAUUUAGACAUCUCCUACGCGGGCUCCUUCCUCAUGACACUAGAGACCAAGAUGAACCUGGCCCGCCUGGGGAAGGAGGGCGAGGGGCUCGGGGAGCAUGGGAAAGAAUGGUCCAGGCCACGGACAUACUGUCUCGCGGACAGUGACGAAGAAUCGUCCAGUGCUGGUUCGUCAGAUGAGGAGGAUCCCCCGGAAUUGCUCAGUGACAAACCUGUUCUUCCUGGAGGCGAGGGCUACGUGGGAGGCCACAGACCCAGCAAGAUCAUGCGCUUUGUGGACAAGAUCGCCAAGUCAAAGUACUUCCAGAAAGCCACGGAGACGGAGUUCAUUAAGAAGAAGAUGGAGGAGGUAUCCAACACGCCCCUGCUGCUCACCGUAGAGGUCCAGGAGUGCCACGGGACACUGGCUGUCAACAUCCCGCCUCCCCCCACGGACAGAAUAUGGUACGGUUUCCGGAGUCCGCCUCACCUGGAGCUGAAGGCGCGGCCUAAACUCGGCGAGAGGGAGGUCACGCUGGGUCAUGUCACCGAGUGGAUUGAGAAGAAACUGGAUCAGGAGUUCCAGAAAAUAUUUGUGAUGCCUAACAUGGAUGACUUAUGGCUACCCAUAAUGCACUCUGCCAUGGAUUCGCGUUCGAAUGCCAACUUGGUUACUGUGAUGAACGAUGCCUUGAAAGAUCCCGAGCCGGAGGAGCCCGAGGUCGCUGACAUGUGAAGGCCGCUGAGCGAGAUAUGCGCCGAGAGACGUUUUAUCACCAUGACGACACAACAAAGAGCAACAGUGGGCCUGUCCAGCUCUCCCAAAUUGUUACUCAUACCCCAGACCCACUGUGGCCACCAAAACUAAAUAAAAGGCUACUGGUGAGCUUCUAAUCAUUUGCAGCCACUAAAAGCAAGACAAUGGAAGAUAACGGUGACUCACGCGUCGCCGUCCCAAUCGCGCACUUUCGUUUGUGUGAAGUCAAAUGAAAUUCUUAAUUCCAACACAUGUCAGGACUAAUUAACAGGUGUGUGUUGUGGUGGAUCGCCAAACAGCGACAUCUGAUUCAGCCGGAAGAACCCUUAUAGGCCCCUACCUGUGAUCUACAGCUGCACCAAACACGAUAGUUGUACAGUUUUCUUGUUUUCCCAUUUCUAAUCGCGUGGUUACCGUAACUCUAUGAGAACUUUGCAGCCACAUUUAAUCCAAUAAGUCCAGAAAUUUGGAGAUGAUCUUGCUGAAAGCCCCCGGUGUCUACUAGUCCGCAUUUCACAGGGAUGCCACAACCUCCGUUCAUCAGCCACACACACACACUGCUGCCUGUGCCAGCUGCCUGGCACUUAUAUGCAAACCAACCAGUGGCAUCGUGUCCAUUUAAAUUGACCAUGGACACACGUGUCGCAUCAUAGAACCCGUGCGCUUUUAACUGUGUGGUAGGAAUUCGAACUAAAGCCGACUUUACAGCUGAAGAUUGCCUAGGUCUGUUGAAUGUAUAAAUAUGAAUGCAGCUCCCUAGCUGUGCAACAAAUAGCUCAUUCACUGACGUGCAUCUAAGAGACAUGUUUUCAAGCACCUCUUUUCAUGUUCUGUUUUGAGCGAAAGUAAUAAUUUUCUAUUUUUCUUGCCAAAGCAAUCUUUCAGUCACAUUUGAAAGGUACCGCGAGAGGUAAUUGAAGACGAGCGAGGAGUGGGUGAGUAAUUUUGCGUUCCCAUUGAUGUCGAAUCUGCAGCCGACGUUUUAAUAAUCGCAGAAAGCCAGAAGGCGAAGGGAGUGAUCCUUCUAGACAGCAGGAAGCUAAUUUAUCGAGACAUAUGUACCUGGAAUUCAUCGGUAGUGGGAAACCCAAACUCAACAUUAUAUUUUAAUAGACUGGAUAUUAGCCAUAUUAUUUGACGUUGUGGAUCAAUGCUUUGUUUUUAUCCGAUCUAUUUAUUUGCCGUUUUGUGUUGUACACACAUUAAAGAGGAACACCAAUACGCUGGAUCAAGAACUUUGUAAUCUGCCAAGGCACCGUCCGCUUUACAGCUGACUUUUACUUCACGUGUUUUUACGUUCGUGCGUGUCGGCAAGUGUAUGAGGCAGAAAGUGCCUUUAAAAUGAUCAAACAUUCCUCCGUAGUGUGAGCCACCGCGUUUCUUGCAUCAGUUGCGGAUAGAGAGAAAAUGUCUGUGUGCCAUUACUGUGUCUGUUAACAAAAGGCCCCCUUGUUUUUGUUCUUUUCAGUGUUGUUCAUUUGCACAGUGAUUCAAAAAAAAAAAAAAAAUAUAUAUCAGACAUUGCUGUUGUGUUCAGUGAUGUUGCCGAAUGUUAUUGUUCUGAUCAUUGUGGAUCAAUAAAACCUUUUGCUUGGGAA